GCCAUCUUGCUUCUCCUCUGCUGAGUGCGGAAGUAGAAACUUCACUGUGAGGGUUCAGGGUUCCGCCUCUGGAUGGUCAGAUAGCACCUCUCAUUCAGCCCCGGCACAGACACUUUUUUCCCCCUCCAAAUACGCAUCUUUAACCCCGGCCGACAGGAGCGGAAGAGAUGGCAGGACGGUUACCGGCUUGUGUAGUGGACUGUGGUACCGGGUAUACAAAACUUGGGUAUGCUGGAAAUACAGAACCACAGUUCAUCGUUCCAUCAUGUAUUGCUAUCAAGGAGUCGGCGAAGGUUGGGGAUCAGGCACAGCGGAGGAUGAUGAAGGGUGUGGAUGACCUGGACUUCUUCAUUGGAGAUGAAGCAAUAGACAAACCAACAUACGCAACAAAGUGGCCAAUUCGUCAUGGUAUAGUUGAAGAUUGGGAUUUGAUGGAGAGGUUCAUGGAACAGGUUAUCUUCAAAUAUCUGCGGGCAGAGCCAGAAGAUCAUUAUUUUCUCUUGACGGAGCCUCCUUUAAACACUCCUGAAAACAGAGAGUACACAGCUGAGAUCAUGUUUGAGUCAUUCAAUGUACCAGGCCUUUAUAUUGCUGUUCAGGCUGUUCUUGCCUUAGCUGCCUCUUGGACCUCAAGACAAGUAGGAGAGAGAACGCUAACAGGAACUGUGAUAGACAGUGGUGAUGGGGUGACUCAUGUUAUCCCAGUUGCUGAAGGGUAUGUGAUAGGCAGCUGCAUAAAACACAUACCCAUUGCUGGGCGUGAUAUCACAUAUUUUACCCAGCAGCUUCUGAGAGAACGAGAGGUGGGAAUUCCUCCAGAGCAGUCCCUGGAGACUGCCAAAGCUGUGAAGGAACGUUUCAGCUACGUUUGCCCAGAUCUAGUAAAGGAGUUCAACAAGUAUGACACAGAUGGGUCCAAGUGGAUCAAGCAGUAUACUGGUAUCAAUGCUAUUAGCAAGAAAGAAUUCACCGUUGAUGUAGGCUACGAGCGAUUCCUGGGACCAGAGAUCUUCUUCCAUCCUGAAUUUGCCAACCCUGAUUUCACACAGCCAAUCUCGGAGGUUGUAGAUGAAGUUAUUCAGAACUGCCCCAUCGAUGUAAGACGUCCUCUCUACAAGAACAUUGUUCUUUCCGGAGGCUCCACCAUGUUCAGGGACUUCGGGCGCCGCUUGCAGCGAGACUUGAAAAGGACAGUUGAUGCUCGCCUGAAACUCAGUGAAGAACUAAGUGGUGGAAAACUAAAGCCAAAACCCAUUGAUGUACAAGUGAUUACUCAUCACAUGCAGAGAUAUGCUGUUUGGUUUGGUGGUUCCAUGUUAGCUUCAACUCCGGAGUUCUAUCAAGUAUGCCACACCAAAAAAGACUAUGAAGAGAUCGGCCCCAGUAUCUGUCGUCACAACCCUGUGUUCGGAGUCAUGUCUUAAAAGCUGACCUCAACAAGUUCAGGGCUGACAGGGUCCGGGGGGGGAGGGGGGGGAUGUGCUUUGAUUGCCUGUUCUGUCUGGAUGGCUGCAAUUGUUGAAAAACAUAAAGAAAGAUAAUAGAUUUUAAAAAAAGACCAAACACAAUCAGGCUGGAAAAUUGUAGUGAAUGUGUCUUCACCAUGAGGGAAAUCGUGCUAAACCAAAACAAUUUGAUUUUCAUGUUCGUCUCUGCUGAGAACUCUGGACGGAAAAAAAAAGUGUUACAACACUUUGUCAAUGGUUUUAGAUCUUUACGUGCCCUACUUUUUUGUACAUUGAUGAGUUAUCCUCAUCUCAAGAUGAUUUGAAUAGGUUUAGUCCUCAGCUCUGUUGUACUUCAGUUGUACUUCUUUAUGUGUACAAGGCAAGAGCUUGUUUAUAUUUAAUACAAAGUUUUUAUACAUAAAGAUGGGGAACUGUAAAUGUAUUUACCAAUUCUAACAAUGUAAUUUCCCAAAAGAAAAUCGAAAACCCUCAUCGCGAUAGUCCAGUCUGCUCCAAGAUAUAACCCACCUCGAUUUCUCUUUUUUUUUUAUAUGGUCACCUUGACCAACAUCUUUGGGAACAAAACCUUAAUUCCAACUAAUUGAUGCCUGCUAGUGCUUUCUGAUUACUCCAUGCAUUAUUUUCUUCUAGUUCUUGCUGCAAAAAAUAGAAUAAUGGUAACAAUAAUAACAAUAAAUGAAAAGACUGUUGGACCAGUAUUGUAGCCUAGAGCCUCAUUGUUUUUGAUAAGUACCAAAUAAUUCAAUGAUCAGAUUGGUGUAUUUAAUGCCUAGCAACAUUCCAAUAAAGGCGCAAAAUUCUUUCUACA